AUGUCUGCAGCCUGUGAUUCAGAAGAUAUUCGUCUCAGGAAUACCAUCAGCAUCGAUGAUGCCACCAAGGAUUCUGCUGCAUCUGAUUCUAACUUGGAAACACCUACACCUUCACGAAAGCAACGGAGAGCAAGUAGAGAUGGUCUUGGUAUCAGUCUGAUGGAGGGGCUUGAAGCCGGAGAGAGAGUUUUCACGGCCGAAAAUCUCUUCGAGUACCAGUGGCCACAAGAUGGAGGAGAAUGGUACCUGCUGCAGGAACAGGUCAGUGAGUACCUGAAGAUCAAGUCAUUCAAGAGGAAAUACCCAGAUUUGUUAAGAAGAACAUGUGACAAGGAAGAAAAAGAUUUCCUGAGAGAUAAAGGAGUAGUCACAGAAACCCAGUCUGACCUAGGUUUGACAGCUCUCAGAAGUGAAGAAGUGUAUGACCUCAUGAUGAAGGACUAUAAUAGCAAAUAUAAGGACUACAUUUCCCACCUGCAGGAAAAGCAAAAGAAAGUAAUUCGAGAAAAGCAUAAAGAGUACAGUGCUCAAGCCAAACUGGACAAGACAAAGAUAGAAUCAUACUCCAAAAAGGCAGCCAGAUCUGCAGCAGAAUUUAACAACAGUUUGAUGAGGGAUAGGAAGGAAGAGAGGAGAGCAUAUUUUGACCUCCAGACUUAUACCAUCCAUUAUCCCAAGAAUAAGUUCAAAACCAUGCCGUCUCAGUACACUAAGGUUGGAGCCUACCCCGUGGCACUUAUCCCUGGCCAGUAUCAGGAGAAUUACAAAAAAUAUUCGGCUGAAGAACUCAAGUAUUACCCUGUGAAGACCUCCUUAAAAGAUCCACCUAAAGUAGUCAAAUACAUUCAACCUCCCCCGUCUGGUGUAAAGCUUCCUGCCACUGACAAACAUAAAAGUAUUGUCGUCUCUGAUGGAGAAGAGAGCGGCUGUAGCAGCAAGGAGGAUAAUGGUGAUGAGAUUGGAAACAUCGAUAAUGAGAAUGAAGACAAAGAAAAUGAAACUAUGCAAGUUGAGGGAUCUGACAUAGUGUCACUUGUCAGACUGGAGAAAAAGAAUAAAGUAAAGAGAAAAUAUACCAAAAGUUCCUCCCCUGAUAGGUUGAAAAAAGUAGGGAAAAAGAUGAAAGAUGCAGAAGUGGAGAAGGAAGAGGAGAAGGUUCUCCAAGACAGCGCUGAACAGGGAACAAGUCCAGAUGGAAAGAAGAUGCCUGCUAAGAUUCAUGGGCUUGAGAAGUGCCGAAUUUGCAAGAUGCGUUCAACAAAAGAAGAGAGAAAGGCCGGCAAGCUAGUGAAAUGUGCAGAGUGUGGAAAGAUAGGUCACAUGAGCUGCCUUGACCUGACAGAGGAACUGGUUGCAGUUAUCAAGACCUACCCCUGGCAGUGCAUGGAAUGCAAGACUUGUGUGGAGUGUUUAGAUCCAUAUGAUGAGGAUAAGAUGAUGUUCUGUGAUCGCUGUGACAGAGGCUACCACACUUUCUGCAUUGGUCUGGAUGCACUGCCCACUGGUCACUGGGAAUGUAAAAGCUGUGAGGGACUUCCACCAAUAGAGAACAAGCCAAAGUUGAGUCUGUCCCAGGGAACACAGCCAGUGCGGUCGAAGAAGGUUUCCAAAGCUUCAGCAGCACGGUCAUCCUUGUCAGUGAAAAGUGAACCUGAUAUUGGGGAAGAUGAAAGUGGGUCUUUGAAGAGUGAAGGCCAGGCAUCCACAGAGAUCACAGACAAGCUUUUACAGGACAGUUCUCACAGUGGGGGUAAAGAAACCCCAGGGAGUGAGAAAGAGGGGAAGACGAACACUGCAGUAAGAGUCCAGGCAUCAGGUGAUCGUAAAGGCAGAAAGAGAAGUUCUCUUUUGUUGACACCAAAAUCAAGAAAAAGUAAGACUCCUAAACCCAGGCUUUCCAAAAAAGACAGGAUUAAAAAAGCCAGGCAGACCAGGAGGCUGAAAGCUAAGGAAGGGGCUAGGAAUGGCGGGGAACACAAGAUUCUGAAGAAGCGGAGGAGUAAAAAGAUGGAAGAAAGAGAAGCAAAAUUGCUGCUAGAAAAUCCUGAAGAAAUUGAAAGUGCCAGUUACACAGUUGAAAAGGGUAUAGAUGGAAAACAAGCUCAUUUAGAUGAGUUUAGAGAAAUGGUGGGUGAAGGAGUGGAUGAUAGUUUUGUCAGUGCAUACAACAAGGAUGAUAAAAAUCUGGAUUUGAUACGUUCAGUUUCUAGAAGCAUUAGGGUUCAGGGAAAUGGCUCUGUGGAUGUAGAAUUGAAAGAUAGCCUUGGCAUAUCUGCAGUGAAACUGGAUGAAGUAGCAGGUAAAACAGCAUUGAAGGAAGAUAAUUUUACAGAAGCAUUUAGUUUGCUUCCUGCAGAAACUGCUGAAAUUCUGCCGUAUGAGGCCAUGGACCAAACAACAACAAAUCUAGUCUGUUCAGAAGGCAGUGCCACAACAUUGUCUGUUUAUGGAGAGCUCCAAGAUGGGUAUGUUUCCUUGUCUUCUGCACAGCAGCCUCAAACAGUUGAUCAGUACCAAGCUCUCACAGUUACUGAUGUAGCUUACUCAGCCACAAAUGAGGGUUUUCAUUCACAGUUAACCGACUCCCAGAUACAGUUCCAUGCAGUGCCGCAAGUUACUCCAUCUUCAUUGCCUGUAGAUUUAUCAGAGCUGCAGCUGCCAGUGUCUGAGUCUCAUUUACUGCUGCCACACAUGCCUCCAUUGCCCGUAACACUGUUACAAGAACUGCCACAUUCAGAGUCACAGAAUAUACACUAUUCAGAAGCACCAAUAGAUGUGCCCCAAGAGAAUUUAUGUCUUGAGGGUGGUCAGUUGCAGACUAUGUUACCUUCAGUAACACUUGCAUCAGACCAGGCAGCACUCUUCUCUCUGCCUUCUGCUGAUGUUGACUUGCAAAUUCAGCAUAUAGAAGAUAUGCCACAGGUGGGACAAGUCUUGCUGGACCCACCACAGAGUAGCUUUGUUUGCAUGGAUCCCUCUGUGGAUGGUUUGACUUUAGACCAUCCUGCUGCUGAAACUGCCUCUUCUUCCACACAGUUUAGUUUAGAUAGUGCCCUAAAAAUGGAUGUUGAUCAAGAGAACUCAGAGAAGACCAGUUCUUCAUCUAACGAAAACUUGACAAGUUUAUAG